AUGAGCACUGCAGGAAAAGUUAUCAAGUGCAAAGCAGCCAUACUCUGGAAGGCUGGAACACCAUUUUCUAUUGAAGAGGUAGAUGUGGCCCCACCAAAAGCAAAGGAAGUUCGCAUAAAGGUUGUGGUCACAGGGCUCUGUGGUACAGAGAUGAAAAUGAUAACCAGUCAUCACAUUUUCCCCAGUAUUUUGGGCCAUGAAGGAGCUGGAAUAGUUGAGAGUGUGGGAGAAGGAGUAAGCACAGUGAAAACAGGUGACAAAGUCAUCAUGCUCUUUCUGCCACAGUGUAGAGAAUGUGACGCUUGCCUGAAUCCUAAGGGCAAUUUUUGCAUAAAAUUCAAAGAAUCAUACACUGGCCGGAUGUCGGAUGGCACCGUUAGGUUUACCUGCAGGGGAAUACCAAUAUAUCACUUUGGUAAUACGAGCACUUUCUCUGAAUACACAGUGAUAAACGAAAAUUCCCUUGCCAAGAUUGAUGCAGGUGCACCUCUUGAGAAAGUAUGCUUAAUGAGCUGUGGUUUUUCUACUGGAUAUGGUGCUGCAAUCAACACUGCUAAGGUAACCGCAGGUUCCACGUGUGUCGUGUUUGGCCUUGGAGGAGUCGGUCUGUCUGUCAUCAUGGGCUGUAAGGCAGCAGGGGCAGCCAGGAUCAUCGGAGUUGACAUCAACAAAGACAAAUUUGAAAAAGCAAAGGAAAUAGGUGCCACUCAGUGCAUCAACCCACAGGACUUCAAUAAGCCUGUCCAUGAAGUUUUAGUUGAGAUGAUUGGCACCGGUGCAGAUUUUUGUUUUGAGGUCAUUGGAAAUCCAGAAAUAGCGGUAACUGCCUUUAUGUCCUGCCAUGAGAGUCAUGGUGUCUGUGUCAUUGUGGGGUUGUUGGCUGCCGAUAUCCAGCUCAGCAACCAGUUGUUCUUCUCUGGACGUUCCUUGAAGGGAUCUGUUUUUGGAGGAUGGAAGAGCAGAGAUCAUAUUCCCAAACUAGUUUCUGAUUAUAUGGCAAAGAAGAUUAAUCUAGAUCCUCUAAUUAGCCAUACUAUGGCUUUUUCUAAAAUCAAUGAAGCAGUUGAAUUAAUGAAAUCCGGGAAAUGUGUUCGCUGUAUGCUGAAGCUUUAA